CACGUCUAUCUCGAUUCUAUCUUCAAGAGCAGUAUGUUAUUCUAUCUUUUAUCUCCUCCCUUCUUUGUUCUCACCCACCCCAUUCCCUCUUUUAUCUCUCUCUCCCUCCCUGUUCUUCUUCUUCCAUACCCUCACUCCUGAAACUGCUGCUGUCCAGUACCUUGAAGCAUUAGGGUUAAUUUUCAGAGAAGAACAGCGCAUUUGGAUUUGUGGAGCGAUUUGGAGGUUUUUUUCUUUCUUCUGUAAACUUAGAUACCUUGGGAACACAUGAAGUGGAGCAAAAAAGUGUCACUGGAACAGGCCAAGAAAGCAUUAGAAAGUGCACUUGGUGGAAAGAAAACUGAGUUUGAGAAAUGGGACAAAGAAAUUCAGAAGAGAACAGAGGCAGGUGGGGGAGGUGAUGCUGGUGGAGGAGGUUGGUUUAGAUGGGGUCGAUGGUUUGGCGGGUCUAAUGGUGAUAAUUUCUGGCAGGAAGCGCAGCAAACAAGCCUUGCUGUCUUAGGCAUUAUUCUCAUGUAUCUGGUAAUUGCGAAAGGUGAGGUGAUGCUUGCUGUUAUCUUCAAUCCCUUGCUGUUUGGUUUGCGAGGAACAAGAAAUGGUUUCACUUUUGUAACAUCACGGAUUUUGCACAAAAUAGCUCCAAAUAGUCAUGCCAAUUUUGACAAGAAUCCUACGGAACAAGGCUAUACCCAUAUUUCUGCUAAAGAGAGAGUAGUGGGAAAAUGGGGAAGUGAUUAAUAAUUUUUGGUGCAAAUAUCACUUUAUCCCUUCCUUUUGCUACUACGGGCAAUUAAUCAAUGUAGCCAUGCAUUUGCAUGUUGAAAAUGCAAAUUUUGUAGUACAUAACUUGUCUUUUGUGAUGUUACUGAGCAUGUUGAUUCAAAUCCAGAUUGCUAAAAAACCUCAACUUCUCGAUUUAUCUGGAGAAAAAAAAAAGGAGAAAAAAAAAAAGAAAAAGAAGCCAGACUUCCAGGUGGUUGCUUGGAUUCAGAAAUGAGUUUCAAUUCCAUUUAGUUUUCUGAAACAACGCGUAUUUGGUUAUGCUGCAGAAA